CUCUUCUUGCAGUCUCUCCUCUUUCUUCUUCUUUUUUUCUCAAUCUUUCUUUGCAAAUUGUAUUCAUAUGAGUAUUGAUCAGAGCAAGUGAGAAAUAGGAAAAAUAUAUAAUCCAAUUCAAAGCAAAGAAAUGGUGGGUUGUGGGUUGUACAUUAAGCAGAAAACAGAUUGGCUCAGUACCCUUCUGGAAAGUGAGUUCUUUGGUCCUUGCUUUGAUCAUCAAGACCUAAGAAAAAACGAAAAAAAUGUGUUCUGCAUCGACUGUUGUCUCGAGUUUUGCCGGCAUUGCAAGGCUCAUUGCCAGCAUCAGUCGCUUCAGAUCUGCAAAUACGUAUACCAAGAUGUAGUUCGCCUUCAAAAAAUGCAGGAGCAUCUCAACUGUUCCAAAAUUCAGACAUACAAAAUCAAUGGUGAAAAGGCUGUUCACUUGAAUCCAAGGCCUCAACCUAAAGAUGCCAAACCAUCAACGAAAUCGAAAACCGGUGCAGCCUGUGAAGCUUGUGGAAGAUACCUUCAAGACCCACCUAAUCGUUUUUGUUCCAUUGCAUGCAAGGUAUCAGCUGUUGAUGUGAAGCCUAAAGGCCAAAGCCAUAAAAUGGGAUUACAAAUACAAGAAAUUCAGAAUCUUUCAUUGAAAGACAAUCAAAAUUCAGAACCAAGUUCGGAGGGAAAGCAAUCGUCACUCUCGUCGAUAGAUCUUUCAGAAGAGGAGACCAAAACAUGGGUGAUCGAAAGUUUAAAGCCUCGUAAACGGUUGAACAAGAGGAAAGGCACUCCUCAAAGGUCACCCCUCAGUUAAUACUCAAAGAAAAAGUUACUUGAUGCUACAUUUC